UUUAUCAUCAUUUCCAAAGGUGUUCAAUAUUCCAAUUUCACCGUUAGCUCCGCUGCGCUUCCCUUGUAGUUGUCCCUUCGAAAAUUCAAAAUGGGAAUGAAAAAUCGCCGGGGAAACCAGAAGAGCCCUCCCGUAUUCAGUCAUGAAUUUGUGAUACAAAACCAUGCCGACAUUGUGUCCUGCUUCGCGAUGGUCUUCGUCGUUGGUCUCAUGUUCCAGGCAACUACUCCGUUUUCUUCCUUGUUCGUCGCCCUUGGACACCCGACGCCCCCGGAAAUAGGCAGUUUUUACACUUACGGACUGAAAGAUAUCUCAUGCAUUUUCUUUUACCUGCUCAUCUGCAUAAUCGUCCAGGCUGUUGUUCAAGAGUAUCUCAUCGAUCGCAUGAAUCGCAAACUCCAUCUGUCUAAAGUGAACCACAGGAAAUUCAAUGAAUCCGGACAGCUGCUUGUGUUUUAUCUCGUCUCAGUGUUUUGGGGAGCAAACAUUGCGCACAAAGAGGGCUUGCUCUCGGAUCUUACGGGUUUGUGGAGCAACUACCCGGAUGCCCACGCCCGAAUGUCAUUUCAGCAGAAGUUCUUCUUCAUCAUCCAGAUAGCGUAUUGGUUGCAUCAGUUCCCAGAGCUGUAUUUCCAGAAGAUCAAAAAAGAUGAAGUUAUGCAGCGGGUGCAGAUGGCUUUCCAGUAUUUGGUCGCGAUUGUUGUAGCCUACCUGUUCAAUUUCACAAAGUUGGCUCUCUGUUUCUUGGUGAUCCACUACGCGUCUGAGAGCGUUUUCCACGUGGCAAGGAUUCUCCAUUUGGCUGGCAAACAAGUCGCUGCGCGCAAAGCUUUCAUGGUGAGGAAUGUGGUGUAUGUUCCGGUUCGUAUCCUGGCUAUCGUAGCGUCCGUCUCGGUGUUCAUCUUCAAACUCGCGAAGGAGAAGCAAGGCUUUGACUUCGCCACGGGCAAUUUCAACACACAAUUGAUCCGCCUGAAUUGCGCCAUCAGCAUGUUCUUUUCUCAGUCGUGGCUGCUCUGGAACUACGUAUCUUUCCACUUGCGUAAGAGGAGUGAAAGAGUUGCCCAAACGACCGUUCACGUGCCGAAAAAGAAAGCUCAUCGCCCGAAGCCGGAGCCCAAGCAAACUAAUGAAGAGGACGUAAAUGAACUGCCCGAGGUUGACCAGAAUACAAGCAAGGACCUGAGACAGAGGAAAGUUCCCGCGAAGUAAGGUGCUUUUUGGCGUUGAUCGACAUUUUGACUUAUUUUCGUCGACGUGUGACUAUUCGCUUUCUUUUUAUAUUUCAUUUUAUUUUCUGGCUGAGCGUCGUUUUUGUUGUAUUUAUGUAUCUAUUUUUUACGCUCUCGCCUGUUUUAAAUUUCGCCGUACUCCACUGGAAGUUGGUUCGUUCAUUGAGUUGAUGGCCGCAUCAAGCCCUUCCUCGCUGUGAACUUAAUCUCAAAAACACGUAAGGUUUUAUUCAUAUAUUACGAAAGAGCUUAAAAAGAAAAAGAAAAUAUACCUGCCUUCUGUCGCGUUCCUGGAAUUUUGAGUCGUGUUGGUCCGUUAGUUGCGGAAAUGUGUUACGAAGCGACUCGCUUCCUGUAUCAAGGUUUACCAAAUGGAAGUUCUGAAAAUAUUGUCGAAAUACGGUAUAUUGAAGAUUUAUUUAAGCGUCUUUUUAAAAUUCUAACCUGACUACGAGUCGUUCCUGGUUGUGCAUCUUUUCCUUGGCUCCAGUUUUGGAGCGAUUUUAUUUUAUUUUUUGGUGCGAAUUCAAUUUCGUGGUUUGAAACUUGGAAUUGAGUGACCUGGUCCAGGCACAAUCAUAUGAUCUUACUGGCUCAUUCCCUUCGAAGGCUUUGCGAAAAAUUUUCCCUGCUACCCGGUUGAGAUUUUUAUUUUGAUUGUGAAAAAGGUGAAGGGACUGGGACAUUUUUUAAAAAGUAUCUGCUUUGAGCAUUUUCAUCUUGGAACCCUAUGCGUUUGUGUCCAUUGCUUUAGAUGUGUAUGUCGGUUUACUUUUGUGUUCCUGUUCUUCGGUUGUUACGAGAGACUAUAUUUUUGUGGCAUCGCCACGCGCGGGAGUGGAAGGAUGAUUUAUUCGUGAUUAUUUGAUUUGCAUCCGCCAUCAUGUGGUGGAACUUCAGAUUAUCACUGACGGAAUAAAAGACUAGGUCUGCCGAGAA